CCUUUGACAAGAACCGUAGCUAGUUUGCUAGGGUUUAUUUAAGUCACUAUACGAUUCAUCUUUAUUAUCGUUUAGCUAAGUGAUAUAUAACCUGGAUGACUAUUCACUUUUACACUCUCUGGCAAAUAAUGGUUGGGACGGUUUGCUAGCAAGCCAGGCUCUUUUAGCGAGCUAAUUAAGUUAGCGUCGACGAGUUUUGGUACUCGGCGUACCUCCCCCGCUUCAUGUUCACAUGAGGUCUCUCAACAACGCAUUUCACUUUGCCAGUUUGCUUGCAUUUAACAGUAACGAACCCCGAGACGAUGGGUCACGCUAAUUAACGUUAGCAGCUCAUUAGACCGGUGCGUGUCCUGUGGCUAUCUUGCUGUAGCUAGGCAAGUACAGUAGCUAAGUGCUCAAGCAUAGCACUCGAUGCUGGCUAAAAAUAACCAACUCUUUGUCCCCAAUUCAGCACCCCACCAAAAGUGGUGAGCUCGCCUAUUAGAGCCCGUCCACCUUACAUACAACCAGUUGUGACUUUGUCGCUCUACAUGGUCGAUACAGCCAAGUCAGGACGAUCGGAAGAGGUUGGAGGCACUGUAGUUUGUGAGACGAACUGGCAUGAGGCAUCUCUCUCCGGCUGGGUGUCUUCAAGUCGGGUUACCAAAGUAAACGCAUUCAACUGGCUUUUUUUGACCGAACAUCAAGCGUCAUCCAUGGCGUUGGCCUGUCACCAGUAGCUUGUUCCCGGCAGGGAAAACAUAAGCUAUUUAACACUAACAAUACUGUUAAAGGACACCCCCUUUGUUCUGAUUGUAAACUGUGAAAGAAAUAAUUUAAAGUUAUUAUACCACAGUGGAACAUCAUGUCGGAGGAUAACAACGCAGACAAAUUAAUCAAGGAGACCUCCAUCUUGGAAGAGUACAACAUUAACUGGACACAGAAGCUCGGGGCAGGGAUCAGUGGACCUGUUAGAGUUUGUGUGAAGAAGUCGACUCAGGAACGAUUGGCCCUGAAAAUCCUAAUUGAUCGUCCCAAGGCCCGAAAUGAGGUGCGGCUCCACAUGAUGUGUGCUACACACCCCAACAUUGUGCAGAUUAUGGAGGUGUACGCCAAUAGUGUGCAGUUUCCUCACGAAUCCAUUCCAAGAGCGAGGUUACUGAUCGUCAUGGAGAUGAUGGAGGGAGGCGAGCUGUUCCACAGGAUCAGUCAGCACAGACACUUUACAGAGAAGAUGGCUAGCCAGGUCACCAAACAGAUCGGCCAGGCCCUGGAACACUGUCACUCACUGAAUAUUGCACAUCGAGACCUGAAACCAGAGAACCUGCUCUUCAAGGAUAACUCCCUGGAUGCACCGGUGAAGUUGUGCGAUUUUGGAUUUGCAAAGAUUGACCAGGGGGACUUGAUGACCCCACAGUUCACUCCUUACUACGUUGCACCUCAGGUACUUGAGGCUCAAAGGCGACACCAGAAGGAAAAGUCUGGAAUAAUACCUACCUCACCCACCCCUUACACCUAUAACAAGAGCUGUGACCUGUGGUCCAUGGGGGUGAUCAUCUACGUGAUGCUGUGUGGCUACCCUCCCUUCUACUCCAAGCACCACAGCCGCACCAUCCCCAAGGAUAUGCGCAAAAAGAUCAUGACAGCCAGCUUUGACUUCCCCGAGGACGAGUGGAGCCAGAUCUCUGAAAUGGCUAAGGACAUUGUCCGCAAGCUGCUGAAGGUGAAGCCUGAGGAGAGGCUGACCAUUGAGGGUGUACUGGAACACCCCUGGCUCAACUGCACAGAGGCCCUGGACAACGUGCUGCCCUCCGCACAGAUGAUGAUGGACAAGGCAAUGGUAGCAGGGAUCCAGCAGGCCCAUGCUGAACAGCUGGCUAACAUGAGAAUACAGGACCUCAACAUCAGCCUCAAGCCACUCAACUCCGUCAAUAACCCCAUCCUGAGGAAAAGGAAACUCCUAGGCAGCAAGCAGAGGGAUGGCUUCUUCAUCCACGAUCCAGAGAACGGCGGCGAGGACGCCAAUGUGGCCCUGGAGAAACUCAGAGACGUCAUCGCUCAGUGUAUCCUCCCACAGGCUGGGGAGAAUGAGGACGAGAAACUAAAUGAGGUGAUGCAUGAUGCGUGGCGUUUCAACCGAGACUGCAAACUACUGCGAGACGGGCUGCAGGGCCUCAGCUGGGAUGGUGGACUCCAAUGAAGUUGUUGAAACAUCAAGGAUGAGCAAUGGAAACAGGAUGCACCUGAGCUCAAUGUCUCAUAGCAAAGGGUCUGAUACUUAAGUACAUAAAGUGUUUCUGGGCAAACAUUUAAACAUUUUUCUUAAAUAAAAAAAAACAGUUUUUGAAUAGGCCUGUAAUGUAACAAAGUGGAAAAUGUCUAGAGGCCUGAAUCCUUUCCGAAGACACUGCACUAAUUUCUGUGGAGGAAAUCCCAUAAUUAAAGGGAAGUUCUACCUUUUUUUCAGCAUAAAAUUCUAAUUCCUCAGUUAGUAACCUUUACCUGCUCACAUGAAAAUCACAUGAUGCACAGCAGAUGAUGGCAUCAGUCUCCGGAUGAUGUCAUCAGUAAACACUUAUCUUCAAUCUGUUUGAUAACAAAAUAUAGAAAAACAAAGUUUUGAAAUGUGUUGAUGUUGGAUGGUGCUGGAGAUGAAAAUGGUGUUGAAAAACAGUGGAAUUUCCCUAAAAUAAAAGUUUGUCAACAUUUCUUUCUUUGGUCUCCA